AUGGCUUCCUCCUCCUCAUCUCACCAGGAAAUUGUGGAAUAUCAAGAGGAAAGGAGGAGGUGGACUGCAACGUCGAAAUUAUAUGAUGCAUUCAUUAGCCACCGAGGCCCUGACGUCAAAGAAACUCUCGCCAAAGACCUUUAUGAAGUUCUUGCGAACCGAGGGUGUCGAGCAUUUUUAGAUCGUCUAGAGUUAGAAAAGGGAGAUUCUAUUACAUCUGCUAUUCAGAGUGCCAUACGCUCAUCUGUUGUUCAGAUAGCCAUUUUCUCCCCUGGAUAUGCACACUCCUCGUGGUGUUUAGACGAGCUCGUUCUUAUGUUAGAACAACGAGAAAAUGGAAAAUCGCUCUUCAUUUCUGUGUUCUAUUAUGUCAAGCCUUCUGACCUUCGUUACAUUGAGAAAGGAGCGUAUGCUGCGGCAUUUUCCAAAUAUGAAGAUAAAGGCAGAAACCUUCAUAAGCUGGAUAGAUGGAAAAAGGCCCUUCAAUCUGCUUCAGAAGUAGUUGGCUUUGAACUUUGCAGUUGUGAAGACAAUUCGUGUGAAGAGAUUGUGUCCUGUGUGGAAAAUGAAAUUAAAAAGAGCACAAAGUUAGAUGUUGGGUCAUAUCCUGUUGGACUGGAUGAACUUGUCAGAGAUUUCGAAAGGAGAUUCGCAGAAUCAGUGAAGAUUGUAGGGAUUUUUGGACUGGGCGGCUCCGGCAAGACCACCCUAGCAAAAGAAAUCUUCAACACAAAGCGUUCAGACUACAAUGCAUCUUCUUUUCUCAAUGAUGUGAGAGAAUCUCACGCCAAACGUGAAUUGCAUAACUUGCAAAGGAAGCUUCUGAAAGAUCUGUUCAAGAAAAAUGAGGAAUUACAACACAUUGAUGAAGGCACGCAAUCGCUGAAGAAUUGUCUGAAAAGGGCAGGAUCUGACAAGCGUUUUCUUAUAAUCCUAGAUGAUAUAGAUCAUCUCGACCAGUUGCGUGCCCUUUUGUUUGGAGAUCUUCUAAGUCCUGGCAGCUUAGCAAUUGUCACAACCCGUGACCAGGGUGUGUUAAUAAGUGCAGAAAUCAGUAAUUGUUAUCCGAUGAAAACAAUGAGCAAAGAUCAUGCUAAAGAGCUCUUUUGUAGCCAUGCUUUCGGCGGAAAGGCCCCAGCCUUUCCAUGCGAGCAGCUGAUUGAAAAGUUCGUAAAAUUCUGUGGAGGCCUACCCCUCUCACUCAAAGUUUUGGGCACCCAUGUUUGUGGAAGGGAUGAGAAAUAUUGGAACUUGGAAUUGGAGAAAGUUAAGUAUAUCCAGCCUAAUGAUGUUAUGAAAUCUCUUAAAAUCAGCUUUGACGGUUUGGACCGUGAGGAGAAACAGAUAUUUAUGGAUAUUGUUUGUUUCUUUCAUGCCAAAUUAAAAGAUAUGGCUAUAACAAUAUGGAAGGCGUCCCAGUGGAGAACGGCGGAACACUCAGUUCAAAGACUGAUAGAGAAGUGCCUUGUUGAAGUAGAGGAAAAAGAAUCAUAUACAUUUAGGUGGGUUAAAGGACAUGUAUUUAGAAUGCACGAUCACCUCCGUGACUUGGGAAGACAAAUGGAGGAUGAAAAAGCGGUCCCUCCUCGGUUGUGGCAGUCAGAGCAUCUUAGAUCUAUGCAAGAAAAGGGAUUCAAAAAAAUUUUACAAGAAACAAAUCACCGGUGUUACGAUCAUUUCUGGGACUCCACCCUCAAUGCAAGAAUUGAAUAUUUUAUAGGAAAUUCAAAUAACCACUCUGGCACGUCAACUGCUCUCCUCUGGCUUGGGGUUGACAAGGCACGAUGGGAAAGAGCUCCUCCAUGGAUUCCUGUGAGACAGUUGCAAUAUUUAGUAGUCGAGGGACUUGAAGAACUCCAGGACAGUUUUCAGUUGAGAUGGCCGAUUCUUCGCUCUUGUGGGGGAUUGCCAAUUCUUCCAGAUUUGAUACAAAUGUUACAUCGAUUGUGGAGCACUUCCGCAAGUGAAAUCGAUGACCAGGACAGUUUCCAGUUAAGAUGGCUGAUUCUUCGCCGUUGUGGCGGAUUGCGAAAUCUUCCAGAAUUAAUACAAAUGUUAAGUGGAUUGGAAGAACUAAAACUAAUCAAUGCACCCUGCCAAUUAGGCAUUGAAGGUACAUCUUUGUCAAAAUCACUUGGAAAACUCAGAAAUCUUAAAACUCUGAAGUUUCAUGAGGUGCCAUCAUAUGGAGAACUGGUUCUGAACAAUAGUAGAGGAUCCUCUUAUUUUGAGUUGAAUAGCCUAGAGACAAUAUCCUUCAAAUAUGUAGGUUUUUCAAAGUUGGUAAUUAGUAGAGAGGUAUGUCCCAGCCUUAAACAUCUGCACAUUGCAUUAAUGAAGGAACUAACUGAAGUGGAAUUAAAGCUGGUAAACACGCUGGAUAUGCUUGUAUUUGAUUAUUGUGAUAAUUUGAGAACAAUAUCAGGGUUCUCUUCUCUAACAAGCCUUCGAGAGCUAUUCAUAAAUGGGUGUUCUGUGUUGAGAGAGUUUCCAAGCCUUGCCCCUCUACGUCGGCUCGAGCACCUUGAGAUUGCUGUAUGUGAUGAGUUGGAAACUAUAGAAGGUGUUGAAGAGUUGCAAGGAUUGAAAAUUCUGGUAAUUCAAGCGUCUCGACCUGCAAAAGUAUUGAAUUUCAUUUCUGGACUAAAGAGACUACCAUCAGAUUAUACCAUUAUAGCAGGGAACGCAGUGGAUGAAGCCGUGUCAAGAUUAAACGUAAAUUUAUUUUCUGACGUGAUCGGUUGCCAUGCAAUCGCUGAGAUUCAGAGUAGUAGAGAUUAUUGUGAGAAGUUGGAGGAGAUUCGAACCCCGUCAACUGCAAUCAUUAUAUGCGCUUUCCAUAUAUCGCCUGGUUGCGCUCAUUUCCUGGAGGAAUUCGGUGCUCUUUAUUCUGAGCUAGAACGUGGUUUUCAUUCUGAUGUAGAACGGAUAGUAACACUUGUACACACAGGGCAGCGGAAUCUGAAAAUAAAUGGACCUGUAGAUUCUGAAAUUCUUGGAGGGUUUAUGGCUACUGUGAAUAGAGGCGAAGAGUCCAAAGCCUUGAGUUUAUUCAAGUUGCACGCUAGUGUGCGUGCAACGGGAAGCCGAUAG